GAGGAAAUGAGCUAGGGUUUUUUGGCGAGCGGAGGGGUUAAGUUUAACAAAUAGCAGUACUACAGAAAAGAUUAGUAAUCGCAGAAAUCAAAACGGAAAUGUCGUCCAAUUGCGCAAGAAGAUUACUUCAGCAAUCUUCAUCUUCCGCCAAGGCAUUCCUGAGUUCUGGCCCUCGAAUAUCUCUACCUUCCGUUGCCUCUGGUACAACUAAGAUUGGGGGACUACCUUCCCCUGCCUCGCGCCUUUCCCGUCGCCACAACCUCUUCUCUAAGUCCAGGGUACGAAUGGAACUGGCUUGCGGUGAGUCAUUGAUGCCUCUGCACUCCGUCACUGCUUCUGCAUUGUUAAAAUCUAUGCUGUCUUCAGAAGUGGGCCAGUGGGGUCGUCUCUCUGAAGGAUUUGCAACACCACUAUAGCAGGGCCUUUGAAUCAUUCAGCUCACAAACACUUGGAACAAUAUUAAUGAAAAUUGCUCUCUUUCUUUUCUGUUUUCUAGCGCAAGAAUAAGAUUCUUGUAAAACUCCCCAGUGAAAAUUAAAUUUGUGUAUUUCAGGAGGUGCUGACUCGUGAUGUACAUGCUCCUUUAUAAGGAGAAUUUCAUUAGCAGCAAUGCUUUUAAAUUUAGCUGUUCUUCCAACUGGUUUCAUACUCAUUUCCGUCUGUAGUCAUAUGGCUGGUUGCAAUUAGCAGUCUUCAUGUUCAAGGCGGUGAUCUAUAAUCAUUAUAGGUGCUUGUAUCAUCAGGAGAUCGACAUCUCCUGUUUGCUUGUAGUCUUAGGAGCAUAUCAUUGUAUUCAUUUCCUCAUUAACCACAUACUGCUUUUUAGAUCAUUGGCCUACUUGUUACAGAAAGUGGUUUAUGCAUUUGUAGUGCCACUAUAUUCUUGGUUUCGUUC